AUGUGGGGCCUCCUGCUCGCCUUGGCCACCUUCGCGCCUGCCGUCGGUCAGGGUCUGGGAGCGCCCGGCACCUCCCUGCUGGGCCUUGCGCCGCGCGCCAGCACCGAGGCCCCGAUCUUUACCUCGGUCCUGCCCAGCCGUCCCGCACAGCCGCCCGCGGGGAAGAAGAACGGGACCUCGAAACAGCAUGUCCAGAUUCGACUCAUCAAGAAGAAAAAGGUCAUUUUGAAGAAGCGAAAGAAGCUAACUAGCCCCAGGCCCUCGGUGACUUCCAGGCCCCCAGUGACUUCUAGGACUCCAGUGACUUCCAGGCCUCCGGUGACGAAUAGCCCUGCAGGGACCCUUGACUGCCCCAAGGAGCAAGAACCAGGCUGUCCACCUUUGGGCCUGGAGUCCCUGCGAGUUUCAGAUAACCAGCUUGAGGCAUCCAGCAGUCAGUCCUUUGGCCUCGGGCCCCACCGAGGACGGCUCAACAUCCAGUCAGGCCUGGAGGACGGAGAUCUGUACGAUGGGGCCUGGUGCGCCGAGCAGCAGGACGCGGAGCCUUGGCUGCAGGUGGAUGCUGGGCACCCCAUCCGCUUCUCAGGCGUCAUCACUCAGGGCAGGAACUCUAUCUGGAGGUACGACUGGGUCACUUCGUACAAGGUCCAAUUCAGCAAUGACAGUCGGACCUGGUGGGGAAGUAGGAACCGCAGCAGUGGGAUGGACGCGGUAUUUCCUGCCAAUUCGGACUCAGAGACACCAGUGCUGAACCUGCUGCCUGAGCCCCAGGUGGCCCGCUACAUUCGCCUGCUGCCCCAGACCUGGCUCCAAGGAGGUGCAUCUUGCCUCCGGGCAGAGAUCCUGGCCUGCCCGGUCUCAGAUCCGGCACCGGCAUUCUCCAACCCUCUGGACUUUCGGCAUCAUAAUUAUAAGGCCAUGAGGAAGCUGAUGAAGCAGGUGAACGAGCAGUGCCCCAACAUCACCCGCAUCUACAGCAUCGGCAAGAGCUACCAGGGUCUGAAGCUGUAUGUGAUGGAAAUGUCGGACCAUCCUGGGGAGCAUGAGCUGGGAGAGCCUGAGGUGCGAUACGUGGCCGGCAUGCACGGGAAUGAGGCCCUGGGGCGUGAGUUGCUCCUGCUCCUGAUGCAGUUCCUGUGCCAUGAGUUCCUGCGAGGGGACCCACGGGUGACCCGGCUGCUCACGGAGACACGCAUUCACCUGCUGCCCUCCAUGAACCCUGACGGCUACGAGACGGCCUUCCGCCGGGGUUCAGAGCUGGUGGGCUGGGCAGAGGGCCGCUGGAACAAGCAGACCAUUGACCUUAACCAUAAUUUUGCUGACCUCAACUCACUGCUGUGGGAAGCAGAGGACGACGGGCUUGUACCCAACACUGUCCCCAACCACCAUCUGCCACUGCCCACUUACUACACCCUGCCCAAUGCCACUGUGGCUCCUGAAACUCGGGCAGUGAUCGACUGGAUGGAACGGAUCCCCUUUGUGCUGAGCGCCAACCUCCAUGGGGGUGAGCUCGUGGUGUCCUACCCAUUCGACAUGACUCGGACCCCGUGGGCUGCCCGCGAGCUCACACCCACACCGGAUGAUGUCGUGUUUCGCUGGCUCAGCACUGUCUACGCUGGCAGCAACUGGGCCAUGCAGGACCCGGACCGCCGACCCUGCCACAACCAGGACUUCUCCUUACACGGCAACAUCAUCAACGGGGCCGACUGGCACACGGUCCCUGGGAGCAUGAACGACUUCAGCUACCUGCACACCAACUGCUUUGAGAUCACUGUGGAACUGUCCUGUGACAAGUUCCCCCAUGAGAACGAGCUGCCCCAGGAGUGGGAGAACAACAGAGAGGCCCUCCUCACCUACCUGGAACAGGUGCGCCUGGGCAUUGCAGGAAUUGUGCGGGACAAGGACACGGAGCUUGGGAUUGCUGACGCUGUCAUUGCUGUGGAUGGGAUUAACCAUGACGUAACAACUGCGAGGGGUGGGGAUUACUGGCGCCUGCUGACCCCAGGGGACUACAUGGUGACUGCCAGUGCUGAAGGUUACCACUCAGUGACACGGAGCUGCCGGGUCACCUUUGAAGAGGGCCCUGUCCCCUGCAAUUUUCACCUCACCAAGACUCCCAAACAGAGACUGCGAGAGCUGCUGGCGGCUGGGGCUAAGGUGCCCCCAGACCUCCGGAGGCGGCUGGAGCGGCUAAGGGGACGUAAGGAUUAACACCUUCGGCUGAAGAGCCCCAGAGCCUUGGGCAGGCUGGACCUGUCCAGAACUGAAGGAGGGGGACUAAGUGGGGAGGGAGGGAGAAGUGGGGGAAGAGGUGCUCAGGCUCAUUAAAGCUACUUGGCACCGCAGCCAAUCUUCCAGUGAACUCUGUCCCAGAUCCUCUCCCUGGGCCGGGCCUCAGCUUCCCCUCCUCCCGGUUCGUAGAUUCCAUUCUGCACAGACUUGCAUGCUCUCAUCAGCUGACUUCUGGAGAGAUACUGUGGAAAGACAACCCCACCUGCGUUCUUUUUUAGCUUAGGGCUCAUUAGAGCUACUCAUCAACAUAUCACGCAGUGCUGUCGAACAUUCUGGAAGCACCUGCUCAGUGCCAAGUAUGUAAGGUGACGAGGAUAAACAGUGCCCACACCACUGGGGCUCCCAGUCAAGAGGGGACAGUUGAGGCCAGUGUGAGGUGUGCCGAGGUAGGGGCUGGUUGCUGUGGCAGCGCAGGCGGGAGUUACAGAUGCAUGAAAUACAGCACUGCAGAUCAACAGGGACUCAAAUGGUCAAGGAUGCAGUACAGGCGAUGGUUCUAGGAGUUUAGAUGGGAGAUGGGCCAAGUGUGAGGGUACAGACAGGGACACCUCCAAGGAGGACAUAACCAAAGAUAGAAAAGCUGAGCAUCUGGAUUUCCUUCACCAGCCAUUUUUGGAAAGAGUUGGUAAAAAUGGCGGGAUCUGGUUAGUUUCUUUCAGAAUGUCACGCGUCAGUCUGGAAACGCUGAACACUGGAUAUCAAGAUGUUGGAAGAGUUGGAUGAGAAAAGGUGGAGGGAGAAGGGAAUUUUACCUGGAACUCAGGAAGCUGGGGACACUGGUGGUUAAGUGUUGAUGAGCCAGUGUUUGGCUGGUGCUGGUGCUCGAGCCCACGUGGGGCCACCCACGGCCACGGCAGUUGCCUGCCGUGGCUAGAGACAGAAACAGAAUAAUUUCCUCCGCCUUUCUAAUCUCCAAACUGUAACGUCCACUGGCAACACAUAACUGUAACCUAGCUUGCAAGGAAGCCAUGAAAUGUAGUCUCCAGGCUUCCUGCCCCCCUGCAACUCAGAGGAGAGCUUGCAAGGGCAGGAAUGGGGCAAAUAUAAGAGGUAAAAAAUGGUGCAAAGGCAUCCAUGUAACUUACUGUUACGUAAGCUCUGCCCAGUGCUGGGCUGUUGCACUGUUUCUGUUUCUUGGCAUGUCUCUGCCCCUCAAAGUUUCAAUCUGAGAUCAGCACAAAUGGACUUAGGGCCACAUCUCCCUACUCCUUUUCUCCCCAUCUCCAACUCCUCUUAUAGCAUCGAUUUUUCUAAAAAAAGGAUUUGUUUUUAUUCAUCAGAGUUUAAUGUACAUAGUGAAAUGCACAUAAGUGCAUAGAAUGAAUGAAAAGACAUGGCCUGAGUAUAUAGUACUGAAGAUAAUAAACUCACUUUAUAUAGAGAGAUAUAGGCACCUUGAAAGUAAGAAUGAAAAAUUUUUCAUGCAGACAAUAAUGGCAAGCAGGAGUGGCUAUCUUAAUAUCAAAUAAUGCUGACUUCAGGUCAAAGAAUUACCAGAGACAGAAAGGGACAUCGUUAUAUAAUGAUAUAACUGAACACGCCCUGGUUUGUUCUCUGGGUAGCUUAGAAUCAGCUAGUUCAGCAUAAUUGAAAUAGCAUGUGAACUCCCCCAGCUGAUUUUCCAAGCUCUGGCUUUUCUCCACGUCUAACAUGACAUUCCCCUGGCCAGAAAGCUCCCUCUGUUACAUAGUUGCCAAGAGGUUCCCAGGUCCUUCCUACUUUCCUGAUAAGUAUGUAAAGUAGAAAGAGAAUGGGGCCCUUCUCAUGGAGCUCUUUGAACAGUGAGGUCAGCCCUGCCUGGCCUAGCAACCCACCUUUAGGAUAAAGGCCUCUGGGGCAAUAUAUGCUCUUUCCCAACUCUUUGCCUGGACGUUUCCUCCAAUAAACUCCAAAUAAUUGUGUCCAUGCCAUGUGUCAUGAGAGCCGCUUGCCUUUGCAUCCCACUUGUCAUUUGUGACAAGAUGAAGAAUACUUCAGCAUAAUCUGGUAAAGCUGAACAUACAACGACGUCCCUGUGUACAAUGCAUACUAUAGAGAAGCUCUACACCUGGGCAAAGAGAUUCAUGUAAAUAAAUGCUUAUAGCAGACUUCUUUAUAACAGACCCAAAUUGGAAUCAGCCCGAAUGACAGUCAAGAGUGGAAUGUAGAAUGACACACGGUACACUUACGCAAUGGAUUGUACACAGGAAUGAAAACAAU